GAUUGGCGAGUCGUCGCGGCUCACCCACGCCCUUUUCCUCGCCUCGGCCACCCGCUUUUCUCGCUGCCAUGUUUGCCCCCGGACCCCUCCUCCGCAACGCCCAGGAGCCUUUCCAGGCCGAGUGGAACCGUGCCCUCCUCGCUGAGUUCAUUGGCUCGUUCUACAUCAUCUUCCUGCCCUCGCUCACCCUCACUUCCGUCUUCCAGGACACCGCGAUUUCGACCUCGACUCUGGGCCUGGCCAUCCUCAACGGCCUUGUCUUUGCCUUUACUCUCAUCUCGCUCAUCGCUGCCAUUGGCCACGUUUCCGGCUGCCAUGUCAACCCGGCAGUUACUGCCGGCAUGAUUGUGACCCGUGAGAUCGACCCGAUCAAGGGUGCGCUGUACAUUGUUGUCCAGGUUGCUGGCUGCCUUGUGGGCUCGGCUGCCACCUACGGCCUCCUCGGCGAGUCCGGCCAUAAGGCCGGCCUUGCCCGCAACACGGCGGGUGUCGGCAUCACUGACGCACAGGCGUUCUUUGCCGAGCUCAUUGUGACCGCCUUCUUCGUCUUUGUCAUCAUGGGCACUGCCGUCGAUCAGCAGUACAAGCUCGAGUUCAAGACCCGCGCCAACGCGCCGCUCGCCAUCGGCACUGCGCUCGGCGCCGGUCACUUUGCGCUCACCUUUGUCACUGGUGCUUCGAUGAACCCGGCCCGCUCGCUGGCGCCGUGGAUCGUCUCGGAGAGCUUCACGCGCUCGUGGUGGGCCAUCCUUCUUGGCCCGUUCAUCGGCGGCAUCAUCGGUGCCCUCGUCUACGUCCUCGUCUUCCUCGACACUCGCCCCGAGUUUGAGCAGAUUGCCGAGUACGGCUCCAAGAACAACGACGACCGCGCCGACAAGGAGAUCAAGGUUCUCGAGAACAAGGCUGAGGCUGAGGCCGCCGCCCCGUACUCGGGCCCGGCUUCGGGCUCGGCUUCGGGCUCGGGCUCGGCCUCAGGCUCGAGCUCGGGCUCGGCUUCGGCCUCGGCCUCGGCCUCGGGCUCUGACUCGUACACCUUUGACUACUCCGAGUCGGCCUAAUCUGUUGUCCUUGUCGCGGCAACUGCAACAUAUGCGUGCUGGUCCGGCCCGCCUGAGCUCAGCACAAGCGUUCUAAAAGCCGCCACAUUGCCGCAAA